CUGCUUGCAGCCCUGAGUCACAGAGGAGGUACCAGUGACCACUCCAAUUACAACAGCAGCUGUAGCGGCGACAGCAGGCCAGGAUUUAAGUUUGCCUCAAAUAUGGAAGUAGACUGGGAUAAUUACAGCUUGGAAGAUCUCUUCGACAUGGAAAAUUAUAGUUACAACCCUGACCUGCCCACUAUUCUGUCAGACUCUGCCCCAUGCAGGCCAGAAUCUCUGGAAAUCAAUCAGUAUGCCAUGGUGGUCAUCUAUGCCCUGGUCUUCGUGCUCAGCCUGCUGGGAAACUCCCUGGUGAUACUGGUUGUCUUAUAUAGUCGGGUGAGUCGUUCUGUCACUGACGUCUACCUGCUGAAUCUGGCCAUAGCCGACUUGCUCUUUGCCCUGACCUUGCCUAUGUGGGCUGCCUCCAAGGCAAAGGGCUGGAUCUUUGGCACAGCCCUGUGCAAGGUGGUCUCGCUCCUGAAAGAAAUCAACUUCUACAGCAGCAUCCUGCUGCUGGCCUGCAUCAGCGUGGACCGCUACCUGGCCAUUGUCCAUGCCACACGCACGCUGACUCAGAAGCGGCACUGGGUCAAGUUCAUAUGCUUAGGCAUCUGGGCCCUGUCCCUGAUCCUGUCCCUGCCCAUCUUCGUCUUCCGCAGGGCCAUCUAUCCCCCCUAUUCCAGCCCAGUCUGCUAUGAGGACAUGGGUGCCAAUACUACAAAAUGGCGGAUAGUGAUGCGGGUCCUGCCCCAGACCUUUGGCUUCCUCCUGCCCUUGAUGGUCAUGCUGUUUUGCUAUGGACUCACCCUGCGCACGCUGUUUGAGGCCCACAUGGGGCAGAAACACCGGGCCAUGAGGGUCAUCUUUGCUGUCGUGCUCAUCUUCCUGCUCUGCUGGCUGCCCUACAACCUGGUCCUGGUCGCAGACACCCUCAUGAGGCUCCGGGCGAUCAAAGAGACCUGUGAGCGCCGCAAUGACAUUGGCCGGGCCCUGGAUGCCACCGAGAUUCUGGGCUUCUUCCACAGCUGCCUCAAUCCCAUCAUCUACGCCUUCAUUGGCCAGAAGUUUCGCCAUGGACUCAUCAAGAUCAUGGCCAUCCAUGGCCUCAUCAGCAAGGAGCACUUGUCCAAGGACAGCAGGCCUUCCUUUGUUGGCUCUUCUUCAGGGAACACUUCUACUACCUUCUAGGCCCCUGCCCCUGUUGCAGCCCCUCGGGGCUCCUCCCUUGCCAUCAACACCCCAUUCUAAGCCUCACGCCCACUGGCUGUCCACAGUCUCUAUGUCAAGGCAGCCCCCGUUGUGGUUACAGGAAGUUACUGGGGUCACGUCCUCAUCAGGCCCUCCUUGUAUGGUUGAGAAAGCCUGCCCUGCUGCCCCUCCCCUUACUGUAGUUGCUAUGUCAGCUGCUAGAGCUCAGUCCAUCCUACCACUGAGCCCAUAGCACCCUGUCCCCUGAGACACUUAAAGACAUUUAACAGACAUUCUUUUAAGUGACUACAGAAAGUUCCCACCUUUGGGAGCCAUUAGUGGCAAACAGCAUUGGUUGCUGCCCCAACUCUCUCUUUCUUGCCUGUCAGCAAAGUCCACUUCCCUUGAGAGAGGCCAAAAAGGACAGGUACUCCUUUCUAAGACUCCUUUUUGCUAGGAGUGGCCUUAUCAUUCACUUCUGACUAAUAAGAUUUAAGGGCAAUAGUGUGCUGGUCAACCACUGUCCUGGGGAAAAAAAAAAGUCCUGAUUUGUAGCAUUUGCCAAGUUGCCUGGUGUAAAUGCUCCACCGUGGCGAUGUCACGGGUGGUGGUGUUUAGUAACCAGCUCACAAAAAUCUAGGAAAUGUAAUGAUCUGCUUUCACAAGCAGGUACAAACUGGCUUCAGUGCACCAUUGCUUAAGAGGAAGUCUGCUGGGACUGGAGGACUCCUGGGAAGUACUCCUGAUUAAACACACACACACACACAUACACACACACACCCUUGGUUCUUGCCUUUAAAUAUGGUUGUAGGAUAUAAUGUGACAAAGUGGCAAAAACUAAGUAUGCCCAACAUACUUAGGCAGAUGGAGUCAAAGUAUAAAAAGACCCGAGAAUGAAGAGCCCAGAAAGAAACCUAAGCAUAAAUGGUCAAAUUGUUUUCAACAAAGGCGUCAAGACUCUUCAGUGGGGAAAGGAUAGUCUUUCAACAAAUGGUGCUGGGAAAACUAUUCACGUGCACAAGAAUGAACUUGGUCUCUUCUCUUACACUAUACACAAAAGUUAACUGAAAAUGGAUCAAAGACCUCAACAUGAGAGUUUCAAUGAUAAAACUCUUAGUAGAAACAUAGAGGAAAAAUUUUAUAACAUUGGAUUCGACAAUGAUUCCUUGGAUAUGACACCAAAAGCACAGGCAACAAAAGAAUAAAUAGAUAAAUUAGAUUUCAUCAAAGGUAAAUAAAACCUUAUGUACGUCAAAGGGUACCAUCAACAGAGUGGAAAGGGAAACCACGGAAUGGAAGAAAAUAUUUGCAAAUCGUAUCUUAUACAGGUUACUUUCCACGAUAUAUAAAGAAUUCCUACAAUUCAACAACAACAGACAACAACAAGUGUUGGCAAGGGUAUGGAAAAACUGGUGGAACCCUCGUGCACUGUUGGUGGGAAUGUGAAAUGGUGCAGUUGCCGUGAGAAACAGUGCCUCAAAAGAUGACACCUAGAAUUACUAUACGAUCUGGCAAUUCCAUGUCUAAGUGUAUACCCAAAAGAACUGAAAGCAGAGACUCCGAUAUUGGUACACCAGUGUUCAUAGCAGCAUUAUUCACGAUAGCCAAGAGGGGAAAACAACCCAAAUGUCCUUCAGUGGAUGAUGGACAAACAAAAUGUUGGAUAUACGUACAAUGGAAUUUUGUCUUCGGUCUUAAAAAUGAAUGAAGUUCUGAUACAGGCUACAACAUGGAUGAACCUUGAAAACAUUACACUAAGCGAAAUAAGUCAGACAGAAAUAGCGUAUGAUUCUACUUAUUGGAAGUACCGAGAAGAGUCAAGUUCAUAGACGAAAAGUAAAAUAACAGUUACCAGGAAACGGGGAGAGGAGAAAAUGGGAAGUUAUUGUUUAAUGAGUACAGAAUUCAUUCGAGGAAGAUGAAAGGUUCUGAAGAUGGCUUGUGGUGAUAGUUGUACAAAGGUGUGGAUGUGCUUAAUGCCCCUAAACUGUACGCUUAAAAAUGGUAAAAAUGGUAAAUUCUAUGUUAUGUGUAUUUUACUACAAUGAAAAAAAAAAAAAAAAACUAGUUCCCAAAAGACAAAUUGUAGCCACUGAACCAGCCAUGGAACCAUCUACCAAUAAUUUCUUGUUAAGGGAGAUAAUUAAAUGUCUUUUUUUAUAUAUAAA